AUGAAUCCUUAUGAAAUUCUUUCCGAAAUUUCAACUCAAGAAAAUGAAGAGAAUUUUCGUUGUCCUGAAAAUUUUAAUACAAUUAUGAAUAAUUUAAAUGAUUCCUUUGAAUACAGCCUCGAUGCAUACCAAAAGUUUUCAGAACAUCGGGCUUUAGUGAAAGAUGCUUGGAUAGAAAAAUGUCUUGGCAAGGAAGAGUUUAUGGGAUUCAAUUACAGAAAGAAAGUGUUUCUUUUGUUUUUAGAAUAUCUUCAUAAACAUUUGGAUUGUCAGAAAGAUUUAAAUUCGGAAGCUUAUGCCUUUUAUGCUUAACAUUAUCGGAAUACAGCUUAGUAUGUUAACUAUGCUGUUGAGAUUCCAAAAAUCAGGCAUAAGAUUUUCGAAUUAGAGGUGGAUUGGUAUAUAGAAAACAUUUCAGAAGAUUAGGAUAUUGUUAAAAAUAAACAUUAUCCUUCUAUUUUUCAACCUAUUUUAGAACAAGAUCCAAUAGAAGCCAAUCAUACCCGCGCUGUCAUUAGCCAUGCAUUAGAACAAUUAGAAGCUAUUGCUGCAAUGAUCACAAAAAGCAAUGUCAAACACUACGCAAAAUAUAUAGAACGCUAUGGGUGGUGCUUGGCUGGAAUGGUUCCUCUAUUGCCUGCAUAAGAAUAAGAUCCUUUUUAAGAUAACGGCAUUCAUCAAAGGUGGCAAAAGGCACGAAAUAAAAUACAAGAGAAAGAGCAUUAAUGAAAGAUAACCCUCAUGAUCUUAUGAUGUUGUUCAUUUUAAUACAAAAUAUCAUUCCUCUUUA